CAAAAUUAUUGCAACUAUCGGGUGCCGACCACCUUCCUAUCCAUAUUGAUGAAGUGCUGGCGUCACAAUGCUAAAAAAUUUAUCGAUGGGAGAUGAUCAGCGAGAUAGCUCUAUAAAUCUCUUAAUAUGGUGCAUAUCAUUGACUGUGUGUUUGAAACUUUUGCUUGGGAUUCAGUUCAUUUGGAUUAAUCAUUGUAUACGUGUAACGUUUGAGUCUGCUCAUAUGAAACUUGAAAUACUUAUCACAGAUGAAUAUGCAUCUGAUGAAAACAAAAGUUUGAUUACAAAUUCCAUCAUAGUCACGUAUGACUUUUUUUUUAUUCCCGGUUUUCUAACAUCAAACCAGACUGAUCAAAUUUAGCGGUAUUAGUAUAUAGAUUUCUAAGUAGUGUUUGCAUAUAUGUGUGCCUUUAUAAAGUUGAAUCAUGUAAUGUAGGCUGCAGUUGAGAGUUAGUUGUCGAGUAGUUAAUUUAAUAUUUAGUUGAAUACAUUGGUCGAAAUAGCACAGUCUUUAAUAUUGGUGCUGCCUCCUAUAGACAAACAGAUUGAUACAGUAAUUGAACGCAGCUGUUAAACGUAGCUCGAUUACUGAACAUCUGCCAAUCAACGGUUGCAAAACGUAAACAAUCUGUGAAUGAAUUCUGCACUCUUAUUGACGAAUCAGCUGGUUGCAUUGAUAAAUGUGAAUAUUUUGGACGUGAAUCGACAUUUUGAUAGAAAAGAAGGGAUCAUAUCUUCAGCGUGCACCAUUCAAAAAUUAUUGUGUUAAAAAUGCCUUUUAAAACGUUGCAAAAGGUGAUAGUAAAUGAACUGAGAUUGAGUAAUUGUGGUUUUGAUCACGACACCGUGGAUUCGUUUGUUCGUUCCCAAUGGCAGUCAAAGGCGAAAAAUGCAUACUAUUUGAUCUAUCGAUGGCUAGUUGCUGUCGUUUUGGUAGCAACGGUGAUAAUUUCAUUGUAUUCACACCUCCAGGAGAGCAGUUUUAGCUUAUUCUUCAUAUAUUUAACGCGUUGGGGCAUCAUACUCAAUAUGAUUGUCGGUAUAUUGGGCGCGGUGUUAGUUACUAAUUGGCACAUUGGCUACCAUGAAACAAUUCUAUACAACAAAAAAACGCCAACUUCCUUCAAAAUCUACUGGGCUUUGCACAACAUCGCAUUAGUAUCAGCUUUUGUCAUAACAAUAGUCUAUUGGACGAUACUACAUGAUUCCAAAAAGGGUCUAACUUUAGCAGGCGUCAUGUCACACGCAAUGAAUUCGGUCAUUAUGUUCAUUGAUAUUCUCAUCGCGGCUUAUCCGAUGAGAUUGUAUCAUGUUAUUCAGCCGAUUUGCUUUGGAACUUGUUUUGCCGUAUUUUCAUAUAUUUAUCAUUUGUGCGGUGGAGUCAACCAACAAGGAGAACAUUUCAUUUAUCCGGUAUUGAAUUGGGCAACACCGAAAAAGGCCUUAACAUAUUUCGCAGCAAUUAAUGUACUCCUUAUCAUCGUCCACACGGUUCUUUUUUGCAUUUACAAACUGCGCGUAUUCAUUCAACGAAAACUGUUCAUCACGAAAUUUGCAAUACCGCAAACGAUGGAUUUAAAUUGUAGCAUAACUGUUGAUUAAGUUUUGUUUAUUUAUUUAUUUUGAAAUCUAUUUAUGCGAGCGUGCCAAUCAAGAAGAUAAUACCUGUGCCGGUAUUCUGGAACACAAUCCGCAAAAAUCGUUCGGAAUUAUUUU